UAUUAAUUUAUUUUGGCUUAAUUACAUUUUUUUUUGUCAGAUUUGUCGAUUGCAUAAAAUUUUGACCGCAUGAAAUACAAAUAUGAAGAAUCAUAACUAUGUUACUUUGAAAACUCUAGACUGUCUCAUCUCAAUUGGACGGUCAUGAAUCUCCUACUAUGUGACUGCAUAAAGGUGGUGACUGCAUACAAAAUCCUGACAAAGUGUUAAGGUUCAGCGUUCAAAUCCCGACAAAACUAAAAAAACUAACAUAUCAAUCAACAUACUAACAAUUUGCGAUUAAAAAAAAAAACAACUGCAUACAAAGUCAAUCCAUUUCCAAGUAACUCACCCACCCUGUGGGCUAUGCAGUUUGAAGUUGAAUAUGGUGCUAACAAUAGCUAAACCCAAUCUCCUCUCUUGCAACUUCCCAACUCUCAAAACCAAAAAUUCAACUCAACCCCACAAAACAACAUUCACCACAAAAUGUUGUUUCAGACAACUCAAUAGUUCCUUCAAACCAGUACUAAACAAACCCCAGUUUCCUGCAUCAUUUCGAAGAAAGAGCAGUAUCAUUAUUUGCAAAGAUUCCAACAAAGACAGUGAAGUUAGCAGCAACAAUGUGGAGGAAGAAGGAAAAAGAGAUUGGACAACCUCAAUUUUGCUUUUUCUCUUAUGGGCUGCACUUAUCUACUAUGUUUCUUUUCUCUCCCCAAACCAGACACCGUCAAGGGACAUGUAUUUCUUGAAAAAGCUGUUGAAUUUGAAAGGAGAUGAUGGUUUCAGAAUGAAUGAAGUGCUUGUAGCUGAAUGGUAUAUAAUGGGUUUGUGGCCUUUGGUAUAUAGCAUGCUGUUACUUCCCACCGGAAGGAGCUCAAAAAGCAGUGUUCCUGUAUGGCCCUUCCUGUCACUUUCAUGUUUUGGCGGCAUAUAUGCACUUCUCCCUUAUUUUGUACUAUGGAAACCUCCACCGCCUCCUGUUGAAGAAGCAGAACUUAAAACAUGGCCAUUAAAUUUUUUGGAAUCAAAAGUGACUGCAUCGAUAUUGCUUGCUUCGGGGAUAGGCCUCAUAAUUUACGCUGGCUUAGCUGGGGAAGAUGUAUGGAAAGAAUUUUACCAGUACUGCAGGGAAAGCAAAUUUAUCCAUCUUACGUCCAUUGAUUUUACUUUACUCUCAACAUUGGCACCAUUUUGGGUUUACAAUGAUAUGACUGCUAGAAAAUGGUUUGAUAAAGGUUCUUGGCUUCUUCCAGUAUCAUUGAUACCAUUGCUGGGGCCUUCUUUAUACAUUCUCCUACGGCCGGCGCUAUCCACCUCUGUCAUUGCACAAACUCCUGUUGAGUCGGAAUAAAUCCAUCCAAUACUGCCAAUGAAUAUGAAUGCACAUUUUUAAUGCAAUAAGAAUUAAAAUUCAUUGUUGAGUUGGUUAAGAUUGACAGUUUCAUUCUACAAAGUCCACAGCAUAGUUAUAGUACCUCAUAAUAUUUUCACUAGUCCAUAAGAAUAUUGAUUCCAUCAGUUUAUGCAUAAUCUCUGCAGAAAGUUCUUUUCUU